GCCACAACAUGCUGCUCAGGUUCACCACCAACCCAAUUGCCCUAAGAAACCCUAAAGAACUCAUAUAUAAAUACUCUCCUCUUCGCAGCUCCAUGGUCCUUUAGCCUGAAUAGACCUCCUCUCACUCUGCUAGGGUUCUGCAUCUGCAUCGGCUCCAAUGGGAAAGGGGACAGGGAGUUUUGGAAAGAGGAGGAACAAGACCCACACCCUGUGCGUGAGGUGUGGCCGCCGCAGCUUCCAUCUUCAGAAGAGUCGCUGCUCCGCCUGUGCCUACCCUGCCGCCCGCAAGAGGACAUAUAACUGGAGUGUGAAGGCGAUCCGAAGGAAGACUACUGGAACUGGAAGAAUGAGGUACCUCCGCCAUGUGCCCCGCAGAUUCAAGAGCGGCUUCAGAGAGGGUACUCAAGCGGCACCAAGGAAGAAGGGAUCAGCUCCAACUGCUUAAGGCAUUACUGGAGAGUGUUCUUGAUUGUAAUUUGGGCACACCAAGUUACAUAUUGGAGUUUUGUGCGUUGUGACUGAUUAUCGUGAUAAAAGCAAUAUUUGAUGGGUAGGUGUUAUAAUGUUUUUAAUGAACGAGUUGUUUUUAUUUUGUUUAGUACGGAGCCUUUAAUUUUGGACAAGAAUGGACAAUCCUAUAGAUGUUUCAUCUUUGAUUA